AUGUCGGAGCCCGUUGACAUCGAGGACACGUUGGCUUGGCGGGUCUAUGUCCUGGAAAAGACCCUCACGAGAUUGCGUCGGUCACUUCAGCCGUUCAUCCAUGACAAAUGGACCCAGACUGACAAUGGUCAGCCACCUACACCGGGCCGCGAAUUGACACCCACCAAGCUUCGACGACAAGCUUCACAAGGUACCCCAGAUUCGCCUUGUGGGCCUUUGGGCGCUGAUGAAGGUGGUGUGUGCCCCAGCGAUGACACCGGCGGCACCUGUCGGAUCUUCCUGUGUAGCCGAACGCGAGGACCUACGAUGUGCUCGAGUGGCAAAUGCUUCUGCAGACCCGGUCUUUGCGCUGAGGAUGGCUACUGUGUGCCACCCAAGGUUAUGUCCUCCGAUUUGGGCAGCGGUCCCGAUCAGGAGAGGAGUGCCAAGUCGACACCGGAGGGACCUGCAAAUUCUUGUGGUGUUGGCACGGGCGAGGCCCUACCAACUGCAUCGAUGGGAAAUGUCAAUGUAGAGAAGGCUAUUGUCAGAAGGACGGGCUUUCGGGACCCAGGGACGGUGCGAGAGAGCAACCUGAUCAUCACCGGGAUGCGGCAUGAUGGCAUGGAUCUAGUACGGCGGCGCGUCGUGGCCUGGGCUCGGGUGGAGCUGCCCUUGGCUUUGUUGGACCAAGCGGCGAAGGACGCCCAGGAAGCGGAACAAAGCCUGGCCAUUGGGUUCGGCAGUGGCAGUGAACGCUUUCGAGAUGUGACCGUGGCAUACCGUGGCGUUUCGGAGCUGAUUUCAGAUAUGGCGAAGAAGAUGCAGAAGGGAAUUGCGGUGCAGGGUAGCACUUGCAAUGCAGCGCCCAUGACGGCGAUGAUGAACGCAUGUGCAGACAACACUGGGGCGUGGAGGUUGGUCACAGCUGUUUGGGCCACGGCCAGCGGGGCUCAGACCUGCACACAGAACUACACCACCGCCGACGCUGCGGCGCCCUAUUACGACUCCGAUUGUGCCCUGAGUUUCACUGGACCAAGUUCCUGCGACGCGCUGGCGCCGACUGCUGCAGUGCGUCUUUGCUGCUGCGGAGCCACACAAGAUGAGUGUCAAUACGAUGCUGGAUAUUGUGUGGAAGGCUAUGUCUAUGUGCCCACGACGACCAAGGCAGCGGUGAAUGUGGAGGAGAUGCAAACCAUCGGUAUGAUCGUCGGCUUUGGCAUCGGCCUUUGCUUUGUCCUCUCCCUGGGAAUUGGUUGCACCUUGGGCAGGCACUUCAUGUACGUGCGGGUGAAGAGGAAGGCCAUGGAACGCCUCAAGCGGGCGUCCACUGAAAAGACCGCCGCGUCCGAUUCUUUUGUGGAUGACACCAAUGAGGACAACGAUCCAGAGGAGGGCUUUGACGUUCACAUGGAGGUCCCGGCCGACACCAUGCACACCAAAACAGAGGAAACCGAGAAAUCAACGCAUGUUUAG